AUGUGGAGCAACAAGUCAAAAGAGGUGCCUCUGCAAAAUCUGAGGCAUAACCAAACAAAGGAUUCUGCCAGAGAUCUAACUGCAGCAUGGACUACUUUUUCUCAGACUAAGGCUGCUCUACGUCAUAUAGAGAACAAAUUGGAAAUAGCUCCCACCAGCACGGCUGUAUUUGAUUCUGUCAUGGAUGCCAAGAAGCCCUCUGCUAGUGCUAGCAGGAAAAUAAGCAGAAAAGAUAGGUACAUAAAGAAUUCUUUGGUUUCUGCUUCAGCUUCCCGGUCCUCCAGCCAAAAUAAAUCAAGCAAGGAGAAAUCCUCACGCAGCCCUCUUCGAGCGACCACUCUUGAAAGCAACGUGAAAAAAAGCAAUCAUGUAGAAUUUCGUGAACCACUAGCUUCAUACAGGGAUACAUAUAGUUCUCUGUCUUAUCAUGGUUCCAGCCAACUUGAGGCCAAGCAAUUGCUCUCUAGUUUGGACUUCAGCGAAGCAGAAGGGAAGAUGGAAAUAAUAGGCCGUAUGAUACAUGAUCGAGAUGAGCGGGAUCUACGCAGCAGAGAUUUUGAAAGCCCAUGUUCUUCUGCUGCAGAUGAGACUGUUGUUAGGUAUUUGAAUGACCGACCCGCAAUUGAUGCCUUGCAGAAUAAUGAGGCAUUUCUUAAGGUUGCAACACCUCCAAGACUGGAUGAGGAAAAAAAUAGUGGCUCUGGAGGAGAUGAGAGUACCACUAAAACUCCUGAGAGUAACACAUCCCAGGACAGUGAACUGAAAGUGUCUUCCUCUUCUGCCACCAGUACUUCUAAUGUUCAUAGGCUGGAGAUUUUGAAACAGCGACAGCAUGAUGCUAAGUUGGAGAAGCUGAAGGAGCGGAUUCGGAAGCAGUGGGAGCAUUCUGAAGAGUUGGGUAGCAGAUGGCAACACUCAGGCUAUGUUGAGCAACCUGUCGUGAUCACGAACACGGGGAAUGCAGUAACUCCCAAAGUCAGGAAAGUGGCAACUGCACCUGCUGCUCCAUCAUACAAAGGUAUGGACGUGCAGAAUCCCUCUGAAACAAAAAUUCGCACUCCAGAUGGGAAGAUCUGGCAUGAGGAAGAAUUUCACAUUAGUCAGGAGUUGUAUAGAGAUAUAGCACUACACUUCUGUUUGUUUUUAGAGCAUUCAACAGUGAAAGGAAAACCUAGUGAGAAAAACAAAGAGAAAAAAGCAACCAGACCAGUGCGGAAAGUACAAAAACUGACGCAGUUGUCAAGUCCAGAGUCCAAACAAGGUGGAAACUAUGUAAUAAGUGCAUCCUCCUGGCGGGAGGGACAAAAGCUAGUAAAAAAGAUCCUGGGUCCAGCUCCCAGAAUAGAACAGGACAGAAGAGCUGUAUCUAGUGACAGAACAGGACGAGAGAGAGCUGCCAAGUCUGCAGGCUGUAUUGGAAGGACAGGUUCAGAUUCUAGACUGGAUGUUACCCAUAAAACCUCUUCAAGAAGUUCUGAUAGAUCCAGAAGUAAAGUACGUUCCGAGAACAAUCUGAAGAAACUGGAUGCUGCUGUUCCAGAUGAUAACCAAGAAGAUCAUGCCUCUGUAAAUAAGGACUUCCUGCCCAUAGAGAUACGUGGAAUUCUCGAUGACUUGCAGCUGGAUUCCAUGAGUACCAAGCAAGAGAAAGAUGUGGAAAAGCAGAAUCAGAAAUCUCUUUUACCUACUCAAAAUGCCAGGAGUCACAGUCCAACCAAAAGGAAACCGGACAAGAUAGCUGCCAGCGAGGAGCCUCAGGUGAUCUCUAAGAAACGUCACUAUGAUACAGAUGAGGUUCGUCAGUACAUCAUCAGGCAGCAAGAGGAGAGGAAAAAAAAGCAGAAUGAAGAGAAGAAAGCGCAGAAGGAGGCAACGGAACAGAAGAACAAAAGGCUCCAAGAGCUUUACAGAAAGCAGAAGGAGGCUUUUACUAAAGUGAAGAAUGUGCCUCCUCCCGAGCCUUCAGCAGCCAAACGGUUACAGGAAACCUAUUCUAAACUAUUGCUGGAACGUACGAUUUUAGAAGAGCCACCUCAGCUGCCUGCAGUGCAGGAAACACAGCCCAGACCUGGUUAUCAGCCAUCUGGGGAAUCUGACAAAGAAAACAAGGCUCAAGAGCGUCCUCCCAGUGCAUCUUCAAGUAGUGACAUGUCGCUUUCGGAACCGCAGCAGCCGCUGCUGAGGAGCGAUUUGAUGGAGCCUCCGUGGGUACAGCCAGACAGGUUGAGCCCAAGAAUCCAGCUCUCUCACCCAUCAAUGCUUAUGGGCUCAAGUGGAGGCCCUUGCUCGCAACACUGGAGUCUGGAGCAGAUGGAUCUUUUGUCAAAGGAGUGUGAUGCAGUGCUGUCAGGCAGGAGGAGCCGUGCUGCACCCAUGGGAUGCACGUUGAUGCCUCAUCCCUAUCUGAAUUCACCUGCUGCACAGCAAAACCUCCUAGUGAAGCCUACUGCUAACCAGUAUAAGAGCAAAUUAGAUCGUAUUGAAGCUUUGAAAGCUACAGCUGCUUCGCUUUCUAGCAGGAUUGAAAGUGAAGCCAAAAAGUUGGCUGGGGCUGCCAUCAGUUAUGGUACUAUGUGGAACUCAGACCAUGAAUUCAUGCAAGAAAAACAGGAUGAUGGGCGGUGGGCAAAGGCUGUGAGUCCUCCUGUGAGAGAGGAAAAUGAAGAUGCUUUUUCAGCCAGAAUUCAAAAAAUGUUGGGUACCUGUAUGUCUCAUACAGCCUUUGAUGACAGCCUUCCUGGUGUAGGCAACCUUAGUGAAUUUAAAAAGCUCCCUGACUCAAUCAGGCCUCAUGCUGAUGUAGUCAGCCUUGGAAUGAGGUCCCCUACUGCUAACAGGCAUGAGGGGAUACCGGGACAUGUAUCUAAGAGACAGACAGACUCCCCAGGGCGUGAAAACCAGGCUUACACUCUGAACAAAGCUGUAAUUCCUCCUGAGUCCAGCAUCGAGUCCAUCAGUGAAGGGCCUCUCCCAAGUGAUGGAAGUCUCUCUGAAGAAGAAGUAGGGCAGCACAAACAGUUGCCACUGAAGAUGCUGGAGACCUUAAAGGAGACGGAUUUCUGCAUUCGGGAGAGAAAUGCUUUUGAGCCCAUAAAGGAGUUUCAGAAAGCAGCAGAGAAGUACUUGCCACUUUUCACUCAGACAAGUGGUGCACACAGCAAGGGGCCAUGGGAGGAACUGGCGAAGGGAAGUCCUCACAGUGUCAUCAACAUCUUUGCAAAAAGUUAUCAACUUCAUGGAAAAGUGUUUGAUGAAAGGUUGAAUGGAGGGUCUGCCCUUCUGCGUCCUUUGCUCCCUGCCAUGAGCCCUCCAGAGAGUGUGGUUUCUUAUGAAGAUGAUUUUGUCUCAUCGCAGGGAAGUGGCACUUUAACAGACAAAAAGAUUGCACAUGACCUCAGCAGUAAUUCAAGCAUUCAGGAAGAAGUUGCGAGUAGGAAGUCUCCCCAUGAACCUCGAUUUGUAGAGCCUGCUUCUCAGCAUUCUUCUGGACCACGGUCUGUGGCAUCUUCUCGCUCAUCUGCUUCAUCUAAAAAGAGAGGGAAAAAGGAACGUAAGUGGUUGGACUCUUUCAAUGGAAGUUGUCACCACUUUCCUGUGGAAGAAGAUAAAAUGCUAUCUGAAUUAGAGAGGGGAUCCCAGCAGGCAAAGAAAUCCUUAUCAAGUAGCAGAAUUUCUAGUAAAGAUCAUGAACAGAACCCAGAUACAGACAGCACGCUGGAAAACUUGUCUGGACACUCACUGACGAGUUUCUCAGACAAGGGAAGAUCCCAGAAGACACCAACUUCUUCCCCAUCUCCCAGUUCCCAAAAAAUGUUGCAGUUUGAUUCUAUAGGCAGUACAGCAGAAAGAGUCAAGUCACCUGCUGGCUUUACUGGAAGUACUGCGUCAGGGCUGAAGCCUAACACAGUCUUCCCUGACUUGAGCCUGGGAACUAGUAGGUCUGUAACAGGAGCAGCCUCAGCAAGUGGAUGUAUGCGCUUCUCCCCUGCUGGUCUUCAGCAUCGUUUAUCAGUAGAAUUGAACUACCUUAGUGCUAUUGAGGAGUCUGUGCGACAGCUUUCAGAUGUAGAACGAGUACGAGGCAUAUCACUUGCCCAGCAGGAGAGUGUUUCUUUGGCUCAGAUUCUAAAGGCACAGCAGCAGCGCCAUGAACGGGACCUAGCUCUUUUAAAAAUCAAGGCUGAACAAGAAGCUUUAGAAAGUCAGAGACAACUGGACGAGGCAAGGCAGAAGGCAGCUCAGGUCCAUGCAGAGUCGCUACAGCAUCUCAUCCAGGCAUGUCAGGAGGCUGUACAGGAGACCCCAUGCAAGGCUCCAGCCAAGCAGGCAGAAACUGCGCUUCUCACUGCAGAUACAGCUCACCAGAUCCGUGAGAUGACUGAGUUAGCACGAACGGACACUGUCAGCAUUCCAGCUGCUCCAGUCACCACCUUGUUUGACCACCAGCGGCAGCAUCAUUCAGAGUUCAUGAAACAACUGAGAGCCCGAGCUGAUACAAACAGGAAAUGUGAGUCUGGUGCCAUAUCACAAGGUAAAGAGGGGACAGGUGACUCAAAACAGACAUACUCUCCAAUGUUUGAUAGUUAUUCAGAGUCCUCAAGAUCGAAGGUUCAUGAUCAGAGGUAAGAAGAUACCAGCAGCCGCCAAGAGAGUCCUUCAGUUCCAUCUUCUAAGGAGAAUGAGAAAAAGCCUUCCCGUCGUGAAAAGAUAACUAGCAGUAUUGAAGACCAGGCGCAUACUGGUGUGGAUGAUUCCUUGCCAAGUGAUAGUAUUUUAUCACUGCCAGACGAAAAAGAUUCUGCUUCUGCUGCAAGAGAAUAUUCCAUGAAAUUUGAUGAGUCCAUGACAGAGGAUGAGAUUGAGGAAAAGUCUUUUCGGUCUUUGCUGCCCUCUGAGAGUCAUCGCAGAAAUAACUUGGAGAAGAAACGGGGUAAUCGUGAUGAUUCUGAUGAAGAAGUUUCCCCAGAAAAAACAGCUCUGUCAUCUAUCAAGGAGCUAAGCAUGCCAUUUUCAGGGGGACAAGAUAGUUUCUCUAAAUUUACCAUGGAGAUGGUAAGGCAGUACAUGAAAGAAGAGGAAAUGCGAGCAGCUCAUCAGUCCUCACUGCUUCGGCUCCGAGAGAAGGCUCUGAAGGAGAAGACCAAGGCUGAAUUAGCUUGGCUGGAACACCAGAAGAAGCAUUUGCGAGACAAGGGAGAGGAUGAUAAGAUGCCUCCUAUUCGAAAAAGGCAGCGUGGUCUGCUGCUGAGAUUACAGCAGGAAAAGGCAGAAAUUAAGCGUCUCCAGGAGGCUAACAAGGCUGCUCGGAAGGAAAGACAGCUGAUCCUUAAACAGCAGGCAGAAAUAGAACGAAUCCGUCAGACUACAAUGAAACUGCAGGAGAAACUAAAGUCUGCAGGAGAAAAUAAACUAGAACUUCACAGUGAGGAUGACAUCAAGCAGAGCAAUGGUUCUAGCCCACUUCCAACUGAUGCAGAAACACGCAGCCCUUCCCCAAUCUCAAUCUCCAGCAGUGAGACUAGUAGCAUUAUGCAGAAACUUAAAAAAAUGCGCAGCAGAAUGGAUGAAAAGUUUCUAACUAAGCGAGAACAGAAGCUGAUGCAGCGUCGACAACAUGCUGAGGAAUUGUUGGAGUGGAAACGCCGCCUGGAUGCAGAAGAAGCAGAAAUACGGCGGAUAGAAAAGCAGGCCCUAGCUGCCUGGGACAAAGAGCUGCUCAAAACCAAAAUAGCCAAGAAAGAGCUGGGGGAUCAGAGAACUGAGGCCAAAGAAAUGGCUAGUGAAGAAGAGUCUCCAGCGCCUUCUUGCUCUCAUCUGAACAGUGAAAGCUCUGUCCCAGAAGAUCUGGGCAGUCUAGCUGCUGAGUCUGUCCCAUCAGAGACUAUGGGCCAUGGGCAUCCAGAAAGCUCAGAUCAGAGUGCAGCUAAUGAAGAAAUGGUUUAUUCUGAAGAGUUCAAGUCCCCUACCUCACCUGGCAAACUUGCUCCUCCCAAAAGCAGCAUAUCUGUAUCAAGGCAAGAUUCCAGCAAAAGCAGCCAUAGAACUGGAGGACAGCUGCGUUCACCUGUGAGGUCUCAUCAGGUAUCUCACAACUGGUCUGAUGAAUCUUUAUCUAUGACACAGUCAGAAACCACAUCUGAUCAAAGUGACAUUGAAGGACGGAUCAGGGCCCUGAAGGAUGAACUGCGGAAAAGGAAGUCUGUGGUUUACCAGCUGAAAAAGGAACAGAAAAAAAGACAGAAGGAGAGACUGAAGGCCCAGGAAGCCAGUUUAAUCAAACAACUGGAGUCAUAUGAUGAGUUUAUCAAGAAGACUGAAGCAGAGCUGAGCCAAGAUCUGGAGACAUCACCAACAGCUAAACCUCAGAUUAAAACUCCAUCCUCAGCUGCUGCUGAAAAACCUAAGAUCAAGGCACCACCACUCCAUAGGCCUGAGACAACUAAGAAUUGGAAAUCACUGGCUGAAUCAGAGCGAUCUAGAGCAUCUUUGGAAUCCAUUUCAGAACAUGCAGAUGCUGUGUCAUCAAAAACUGGGAGAUCUGUGUCUGUACACACAAAGAAGGUGGCUGUGACAGAUGUUCAUGUAGAAGAACCUUCUGGAAUACCUUCCUCAGUUUUAAUGUCACCAGGGCAUUCCAGAACAGGAUCUGGUGAUUCCUUAGAAAAUGUACCCUUAUCACCUUUUCUCAAAGAUGUGAAAGACAUUAGCAGAAUAUCCCAUGGGUCAGUGAACAACAUGGUAAAUGCAUCCAGUGAUAAGUCUGCCUUCAGUUAUAAAUCUGAGAUACAGGAAUACUUGGAAUACUUGAAGUCAGAGGAAUAUGAGAUUGAAGGUUCUCAUGUUAAACCUUUGGAGAGUUCUGAUGUCUUGUUGACAUUAAGUAAAGAACAGGAGAGCUCACAGGGCAUCCUUGCAAAGAAAGUCCUCUGUUCUGAAAAUGAACACUCUCAGAAAGAACUGUUCGGUUUGGCUGUGGAAAGUCUUCAUGGUAUGGAAGAAAUCUUGGAACAGAGACUGACAAAUAAACAUGCUGUAACUGGCCCAAAUGCAAAAGAGUCUUCUUGCAAGCUCAGCAAAUCUGCAGAGGAAGAAGGUUAUCUGCUUUCAGAACAACUCUUUAGUCAAAAAGAGCCACCGUACCUUGAAGACUUUGAAGGAUCCACCUCCAGAAAACAAGCAUCAAUCGAAGAAAUGCUUCCUGGGGAACGUUACAAAGAUGACUUUGAAGCAUCUCUUGUCUCCUCUAAUGGGGAGUCACUGAGAGAGCGGUCACAGCACACACAGACCAGCAGAAGCAGAUCCACCAGCCUAGGCAGUGAUGGUGAAAUCAGUGAAUACCUCAGUGACAGGUCUCUCUCUCUGUCUGGCAGCGUGCAUUCAGAGAGGUUAUUAGAACUGAAGUCCCCAACAGAACUUAUAAAAAAUACUGAACGCAGAGAUGUGGAGCAAGAACAGGCCCCUAUUGAAUCACCACUGUGGGCUUCUGUUUCGAUCACAGAAGAAACAGAUAGUUUGCCAAAUUUCAACAUUGGCGAUAGAGUACUUGUGAGUAAAGUCCAGCCUGGAACAUUGCGAUUCAAAGGUCUGACUAAAUUUGCCAAAGGGUUUUGGGCUGGUGUAGAGUUGGAUAAACCUGAAGGGAAUAACAGUGGAACUUAUGAUGGUAUUAAAUAUUUUGAUUGCAAGGAAAAGCAUGGUAUUUUUGCUCCUCCUCAAAAAAUCUCUCACAUUACAGAAAGCACCAAUAGCCAUGUAGACGCAAACAAUGAUGAAGACUCAUUCUUCGAUGAUAGACUGGAGAAGCAACACAAAGCCUACCAGAAAGACAGAGGAAGUUCCAAACCUGGCAAAGAGGAUGAAAGCCAGAGCAGAGAUGCAACAGAGAACUAUUCCCAGGAUAAAGGUCCUGCAGAUACAGCUGUUUCAGAAGCCUCAGCUCAGGAAAGGGUUGAUGAGAAGUUGUCUUCUAAAGCAAACAGCAAAAAUGACAUUUCUGUAGCUACUGAGUCAUUUGCCCGAGAACAGUCAGUGGUGGAUUAUCUGAAGCAUGCUGUAAAAGAGGAGGCCAACCUUGCUCCUCUCAUUUCUAGUGUUGCAGAUGAGAUUUCCACUGUUCAGUUAGAUGACAUCUCAGAUUUUCCUUCUGAAAAACUGGAGAGACAGAAGACGCUGGGAGAAGAAUGUGCUGAAAAGGUAGAUGAUCUCUUUGCUGGACUUGUGGAGAAGCCAGCAACUCCACUUCUGGAUUUGCUGACAAAAGAAAAAAAUCAGUUGGAAGCACAGCUUAGACUGCCACUUAGAGAAGAAGAAAAGUCAAAAGACCAACUGGAAAAAGUCAGCUUGCUGACAGACAGUCUGCUUAGAGAUUUUGUAAAAGACACGGUCAAUCAGUUACAGCAAAUAAAGAAGGUCAGGAAUGAGAAAAUCCAGCUCAGCAACCAGGAGCUCUGUGAUGCAAAGGAGGAAUACAGUACCCCAUCCCAGCAGGUAGAAAAGCAAGUUCCUGAUGGACUGAAUAACUUUUUUCUGAGUUCCAAUUUUGAAGAUGAAAGAGAAGAACUUUCCUCUCCAGACAUGUGCCCCAGACCAGAGAGUCCAGUGUUUGGUGCCAGUGGUCAGGAAGAGCUUGCCAAGAGACUGGCAGAGCUGGAGCUCAAUCGGGAGUUCCUGAGUGUGCUGGGAGAUGAUCAGGACUGGUUUGAUGAGGACUAUGGCCUGAGUUCCCAUAAGGUCCAGCAGAAGCAAGCUGAGGAACCAGUAGUGCUACCCAAGGUAGAACUGCAGAAAGUGCCAACAAAGCCAUGUGAGGAGCCUUUGGCGGUCCCACAUACUGCGGUGGAGGUGGAAGGUAUGGUGCAUGCAGCAGCUGAGGAACUUUGGAAACUGAAGGAGCUGGGUCAUGAUCUUCAAAGUUUCAACCUUCAUACAGAUCUUAGUAGUACUCUCGAAGAGCAGGACACAGACUUUAUAAACAAGCAGGUUUAUAAAAAGGUGGUUUUUGAUUUAACAAGAGAGAUCUUUGGGGAAAUGUUUGCUGAGGAUCCUAAUCUAAACCAGCCUGUUUGGAUGAAACCAUGUAGGAUUGCAUCUGCUUACUUUCGCCGAGUGAAAGAUCCAAAUGACCUGGAUGAAAUCAAGAGCUUCAUUGCAGCUGAAGUACUGAAGUUGUUCAGCCUCAGGAAGGAGCCUAAUCACAAAACAGACUGGCAGAAGAUGAUGAAAUUUGGGCGGAAGAAACGAGACCGAGUGGAUCAUAUACUGGUGCAGGAACUUCAUGAGGAAGAAGCGCAAUGGGUGAACUAUGACGAGGAUGAACUCUGUGUAAAGAUGCAGUUGGCAGAUGGGAUCUUCGAGGCCUUAAUCAGAGACACUGUUGAUGUACUGAACCAGAUAAAUGAGAAACAGCAGAGACUGCUGCUUGUCUAA